AUGGCUUACAGACAAGUAACAGCGGGGAGAGAGAGUCUUGACCUCUUGCAUAGGCUACAGUUGUCUCCACAGUCCACGAAAUCAGACACUGUGCUGGAAUGGACUGAGCUUCAUAUAGAUUCUGCUGAUAUAGACAACCUACCAGAGUCCAUUGACAGGUGCAGAAAUGUUAAGAAGAUCUAUGCAUCACGUAACAUGUUAUCUUCUUUGCCACAGUCCAUAUCCAACCUGCCACACCUCACAGUGUUGGACCUAUCCCACAAUGCCUUCACUACAUUUCCCAUAGCACUGUGUGGCUUGACUAACCUAGAGGAGCUGAACCUGUCAGACAACCAGCUAUCUGACAUACCAGGGGAGGAUAUCACUAGUUUAAAGGGGCUUAGAAUAUUAUUCCUUGAUAACAAUGCCUUCGCUACAUUCCCAGAAGAACUAUGUGACUUGACUAACCUAGAGGAGCUACACCUGUCAGACAACAAGCUAUCUGACAUACCAGGGGAUAUCACUAGGUUAAAGGGGCUUAGAAUAUUAUUCCUCGAUAACAAUUCCUUCGCUACAUUCCCCAAAGAACUAUGUGGCUUGACUAACCUAGAGAAGCUGUACCUGUUUUUCAACCAGCUAUCUGACAUACCAGUGGAUAUCGCCAGGAUGGAGGGGCUUAGAUUAUUCUGGCUCCAUGAAAAUGCCUUCACUAUCUUCCCCAUAGCACUAUGUGGCUUGACUAAGCUAGAGGAGCUGGACAUGGUUGACAACGAGCUAUCUGAAAUACCAGUGGAUAUCAACAGGAUGGAGGGGCUUAGAAUAUUCUGGGUUCAUGACAAUGCCUUUACUACAUUCCCCAUAGCACUGUGUGGCUUGAUUGGCCUAGAAAAGCUGGACCUGUCUCACAACAAGCUAUCUGACGUACCAGUGGAUAUCAGCAAGAUGGAGGGACUUAAACUAUUCUGGCUCAAUAACAAUGACUACACUACAUUCCCCAUAGCACUGUGUGGCUUGACUAAUCUAGAGAAGCUGUACCUGGAUAACAACAAGCUAUCUGACAUACCAGAGGACAUCACAAAAAUGACUAAACUUCAGAUACUCAAACUGGAAUCCAAUAACAUCACUCAUUUGCCACGUCAGAUCUGUAAUAUGGAAACAAAUCUAAAUGUGACAGAUAAUCCUCUGGUGCAACCACCUAAACAUAUUGCCAACAGGGGGCUAGGUGCCAUCAAGAGGUACUUCGAGGCAUUAACUGACACCAAUGCAAUCCAGUCAAGCAGAAUACAGGUCAGCUUUCUUGGUGAAACAGAAGCAGGAAAAACUAGCAUUUCACGUACAUUGCAACUUGGACAGUCAAUCCUCACAAAGAAGGCAGACAGGACAAGAGUGGUGGAGCAGGGAACAUGGGAGGCUGAUGAAGAUAUUGCCUUCAAUAUCAAUGACUUUGGUGGACAUGAUGCCUACAGAAUAGGACAUCCCAUAUUUAUCUCCACUAGUGGCUUGGUUUUCGUCACUUUCAAUCUGUCUAAAUAUGAUGCAGGAAAUGAGGGUCAUUUUAAGCUGCACAUUGGAGAUUGGAUUGACAAGGGACAAGCACAGAUGCCAGGAAUACAAAUAGCCCUAAUUGGAACUCACCUUGAUGAGGUUGAAAUCACACAAGUAGAAACAAAAUGCUCUGCAAUAAACAGGAAGCUUGAAGAACAUGCAGAUGAAAAGAAAAGGUGGUAUCAAGCACAAAAGGAGACAUGUGAGAACAAAAUGAAAGAAAUACCUGAAGCCCAAAAGUCUCUCCGCCAGGCCUACCAAAGCAAAGCAGAUCAUCUGGAGACCUUGCACGGUCAGAUGCAACCCAUCUAUGAGCAUAUAUUCACAGUGAGUUCAAAAACCUAUAAAGGAGUUCCAGAGCUGAGAGACUACCUUGUUACUUUUGCCAGGACAAGUGCUGAAUUUCUACCAGAAAUGUGGGUGGAAGCAGCCAAGAAUAUCUGCACCAAGAAAACUGAAGGCUCUGAAAACACACUCAGCUGGGAAGUGAUUGAAGACCUCAUUCUGCAAAAUGCACCUACAUCAUGGAAAAAAAUGUCAAAAGAAGAUAAAGAGCAAACAAUUUAUGACAUCUUAAGUUUCCUAGCUCACCGUGGAGACAUCAUUUGGUAUGAUAGAUGCCCUUCACUGAUGAAAGUAGUUUUCCACAAGCAAGAGAUUCUAGUAAAUGUUCUCAAGGCAGUCCUCACUCAUGAUAAAGAUGAAGUAUCACAGAAGCUCCAGAAGUCCAUGAAGAUUACAAAAAGGGAAGCAUCUGAAAUAGAAGAAGACAUCUUCAGCAGAGGAAUUGUUUCUAAACAAGCUAUGAGUUGCCUGUGUGAGUCUUUCAAAUUGUUAAGCACUGAAGUUGAUGUCAUGACAGAACUCAUGCAGAAACUGGAGCUGUGCUAUCAAGUCCAGGAAGAUGAUUCCCUUCCAUCCAAUACCUCAUUCCACUUUCCAUGGCUCCUCAGUGAAGAAAGACAACCUGAGCUAGACACCAAAUGGCCCAGCAAGGUUCCCCCAGACACUAUACAACUUACCCUGCAGGUGCUCUUUCGAUACAAAUGUCCCGAUGGCUUGUAUGAGAAAUUUUCGGUUCGUCAGCACAAGCAUCUUGGACUCAUGAAGACCAUGCGAAUGGACUGGAAGGAUGGGGUGUAUGCAAAACUUGAGCAAUGCAAAAUGCAGAUGACACGGGGCCAAAACCAGGCAAAUUCAAAUGCAGUCAGCCAAGAUCCAGACUGGGUUAUCAGCAUUGCUGUCCGUGGAUCACAUCUUUCAGACUUGUGGGGUGUUCUCACACAAGGCCACAGUGACCUCAUGGACAUUAUAAAAGAGGACUGGCCUGGACUGUCAUAUAGCAAGUAUCUGGUUUGUCCCCACUGUGUGAGUGAGGAAAGUCAGGACCCAACCCUCUUUCCUGGAGAGAUACUUGACCUAACCCUGGGGACAGCUUCCAAACCAAGACAGGUGCUAUGUGUCAACACCGGUGUCUCCAUUCCUGCAGAUCUGGUUUACCCACCUAGCUGGCAGGAAGUUCUGCGUAAUGAAAAGCCAAAGCUGUGUGAAAACAUCACAGAACCCUGUCUCCUGGACAUGUUGGAUGUGUUCCUCCAAGAAGGCAUCAUCACCAACCGUGAAGCUGAGACAGUAAAAACUGAGCCCUCGACUGAUAGGGUGAAAUGUCCAAAGAAAGUUGAAGUAUUCCUGGAUAUUAUAACCAGGAAACCUGUCAAAGCAUAUGUUACACUGUGUCGAUGUCUUCAGGAACAAGAACAGACUGAUCUUCUUGAAUUGAUCCAGUAACGGGACUUUCCUAUACAAAUCAAACUUUCACAGAAUUAAAGGGGUCAAGGUUUUAAUUUAUCAAUUGAAUACCUCAAGGAAAAUGGACAAAGUGAGGUAGCUUCAAUAGACCUAGUGGACAAGAGAACAGACUGUAUGGACUCACCACCUGUCCCAGCCGUGUUAUGUAGUUGGUAUUCUCAAAUGUUCAGCAAUCUUCGAUGUACUCAAAAAAUUUGACUAUUCUUUUUGACAGAUAAAUUCAAAAAGUAAAUCUUGGUCAACUGAACUAGGGCAUUUACUUACAAUGUACCCGGUGACUUGAGGCAUGAAGGCUCAAAGUUGAUCCAGUUACCCAUAGUGUGUGGGCACAGAGCAGCCAUCUUUCCAAGUGAUGUGGAGGAUGAUGAUCCAAAACAGUCUGUGCUGCUGACUUGUGAUGAACAACAGCCGGCUGCAGACUCAGAGCACAGUAUCAACAGUUUAUCUCUGCCAAGCAGUGCGUCAGACAGUAGCUCUCCCAGCACACGGAGCACCAGCAGCACUGGACUAAACUCUCUGCAAACCUUUAACCCUCAUCCUAAACUAGCCAAUCACAAUGGGUUCCGAGACAGGUCACCAAGCCAAGUGGCCAUGAUUCAUCAGCCACCGCAGUGGUUUAACGCCAGCUCCCUGCCUCACACCAGAUCAACAGCAGAUAGUUAUCACUGCUCCAGGUCACCCACA